AUGCCAGGACUUCCAUCAAGCAUCGAUCUUGAUGAAUGCAUUGAACGACUGUACAAAAAGGAGCUACUGGCAGAAUCCGUCAUCGAAGCAAUAUGUGCAAAGGCUAAAGAACUUCUCAUGAAGGAGAGCAAUGUGGUGCACAUAGCCGCCCCUGUGACGGUGGUUGGAGAUAUCCAUGGUCAAUUCUUUGACAUGUUGGAAAUUUUCAAGAUUGGAGGCUUUUGUCCAAAUACCAAUUAUCUCUUUCUUGGUGAUUAUGUUGAUCGUGGCCUUUUCAGCGUUGAAACAAUAUCUUUGCUUGUGUGCCUUAAAUUGCGAUACCCCCAGCGUGUUCAUCUUAUUCGUGGAAACCAUGAGUCGCGUGGCGUUACGCAGUCGUAUGGAUUCUAUACGGAAUGCGCAAGGAAAUAUGGAAAUGCGAACGUCUGGCAUUACUUCACGGACAUGUUUGACUUCCUCACUCUGAGUGUGGUUAUCAACGAUCAGAUCUUCUGUGUUCAUGGUGGCCUUUCGCCCUCGAUACAUUCAAUCGACCAGAUAAAGAUAAUUGAUCGAUUCCGAGAGAUACCUCACGAAGGACCAAUGGCAGAUCUAGUUUGGUCCGACCCGGACCCCGAACGAGACGAGUUUUCUCUCUCCCCUCGAGGUGCAGGCUAUACGUUUGGUGGAGAUGUGGUCAAGAAAUUUCUGCAAGUCAACAGCAUGUCACAUAUUCUGCGAGCACAUCAACUUUGUCAGGAGGGAUACCAAAUCCUGUAUGAUGACCGGCUGAGUACAGUGUGGAGUGCGCCGAAUUAUUGCUAUAGAUGUGGCAACUUGGCUAGUGUGCUGGAAGUUAGCGAUUCCGGAGAUCGAUACUUCAACAUCUUUGAUGCUGCCCCAGAGAACGAUAUUCACCGCAAUGAGCAGCAACAGCAGCAGCAACAGCAAAGCAAAGACGGUCAAGGACCAGUCAUUGAGUACUUUCUAUGA